CAGUCGUGUUGAUUGAGCGCCGAAGGAGGGCUGGCUGAGGCGAGGCCUCGCGCUAAAAGGACCGGUCAAUGGCGGCGGCCCUGAGAAGCCCGACCAGCUGCUUGUGGCGGCCAUAGGACGGGGGUUCUUGGGCCAAGGCGGCAUGUGGGACGGCGAGGACCGGCUCGGGACGACGACGACGACGACGGCGGGCGGCGAGGCCGCCGUCACCGUCGCCCUCGUCAGCGCCCGCGACUGCUUCCUCCGCCUGCCGCCUUCCCUCACGGCCCGGCUGCGGCUCCAGCAGCACCAAGCUAUAGAAGUGGCCGGGAGCACCAAGCCGGUUUUCCUGAGCUGGGUGGAAGGUCGACCCGGUGGCCAUGACGAGAACGUGGCUGAGAUCAGCCGGAAGGCUGGCACCAGGCUGGGGCUCGCCGAUGGAGACCAGGUGUUUCUCAGGCCCUGUUCCCAGACGGCAUCGUGCCGGCGGGUUGAGGUGGAACCUCUCUCGGUGGACGAUUGGGAGAUUCUGGAGCUACAUGCCUCCUCUCUGGAGCAACGUCUUCUGGAUCAGAUCCGGGUAGUCUUUCCAGGAGCCGUUUUCCCCAUCUGGGUCGACCAGCACACCCACGUCUACGUACGGAUCGGUGCCCUGCUGCCCGCCGCCCCUUUCGCCCGGCUGGAGCUUCAUACCGAACUUUUUGUUUGUCCUAAGACCCGACAAGCUGGGGAAGGGGCCGCCGCCACGCCGCCUCAGGCCCAGGAGGGUGGGAGUCCUGGGGAGCCAGGGACCACGGGCUGCAGCCGGGAGGGUCCGCAAGGCAGAGCGCUGGUGCCAGACCACCCAGAGGCCUCAGGGGUCUCCUGGGUGAUGUCCGCCUUCUGGAGUCUCGUCGGGAGAGCUUUUGCCGGCGGGACGGAAGGGGAGCAGGGAGCCUCUGGGAGCCCAAGUGGACCGGGCGCUGCCUCAAGCCUGCCGCCAUCGCCCCUCCACGGGGACGCCCUCUUCCGGGUGUGCCGCACCCCGCCUCACGGAGUGGCACCCACGCUCCAAAAACCCCGGGCCAUCCACGUCUCUCCGUGGAGCUGGGACUACUGGGAGCCAGAGCCCGAGGGUCCUGUGACUUACGGCCACCUGGAGACAGUGCCGUUCCCACGGCAGCAGCGGCACAACCGAGCCGAACCCGGGGCGGCCGUCCGAGACGAAGAGCCAGUGCGCGUGGCCCAGGUGGUGCCCAUAGUCUGGAGCGGCCUGGCAGACUUGAAGGAUACCCUGACAUCUCACCAACUCACAGGCGCGCUACACGCUGGGAGAGUCUGGAUUCCAGGCAGCCUGAGGAAGAGCCUGAACAUUGGCAUGCACACGACGGUCAGAAUCAGACCCACAGAGAGCAGCCCCCAGACCCCAACGGCCCUUCAGCUGCAACCCAGGGAGACGUUGAAAGACGUGGAUGAAGAAGAUGUCCGAUCGGCUUUCAGGGCCUGGCUCUGCUUGGCCGGUCCCUGGAUCCUGACUGAGGAGGAGCGCAUCCAGCUGCAAGUGGGAGAAGGAAUGAAGGAAUUCUACCUCAGCGCCGUCCAGCCUCCUGAACCCGAGCCAAGCGGGGAGGAGAGUGUGUUCACUCUGAGCUCCAGCGUCCUACAGGAGACCAGUAUUCAAGUUCUUCUCCACCCCAGGACACUGGAGGACAACAAGGAAGCAGCGGCCUGCGAAGACCUGGAGGCGAGCCUCCCUUUUAGGAAACUGAGCUCCUUAGGGGGCGUGUCGGACCUCGGGGCCACCUUGCUGGACCACGUCACCCACAGCCUGUUGGGGCGGCCCCUGUCGCGGGCUCUGGCCUCAGCCGUGGUGGGCCUGCGCAACGGAGCCGUCCUGCUGACGGGACCUAAGGGCAGCGGGAAGACGGCCGUGGCCAAGGCCGUCUGCAAAGAAGCGUCUGAUGGACUGGAUGCUCAUGUGGAAGUCAUUGACUGCAAAGCCCUGAGAGGGAAGAGGUUCGAGAACAUCCAGAAGUUCCUGGAAGCAGCUUUUGCCGAAGCGGUGUGGAAACAGCCAGCCGUGGUCCUUCUGGAUGACCUGGAUCACCUGGUGGGAGCACCAGCCUCUCCAGAGCACGAGCACGGCCCUGACGCUCUGCAGAGCCAACGGCUGGCGCACGUUCUGAAGGAUCUGGUCAAGGAAGUGGCUUCUAUAGGCAGCUUCAUUGCCAUGAUCGCCACCAGCCAAAGUCAGCAUUCCCUGCACCCCCUGCUCAGCUCCGGCCGGGGGUCGCCCACGUUUCAGUGCUUUCAAGGUAUCCAGGCCCCAGACCAGGAGCAGAGGGGGGACAUCCUGCGCUGCGCCAUUGCCGACGCACUUCACAAUGGCCCGGACCAGCUGCACGCCCUCGACCUCCCCAGCAUCGCCAAGGCAACCGAAGGGUUCGUAGCCCACGACUUCACCCUGCUCGUGGCCCGUGCCACCCACGCUGCCCUCUCUGCCCGGGCCGUGGGCGCCUCCAGAGAGCUCGUCUUGUCGACGUCGGACUUUGAGAAGGCCCUGGAGGGAUUUACGCCCGCCUCUCUGAGAGCUGUGGGUCUGCAUCAGCCCAGAGGCCCGGGCUGGAGCGGGGUCGGCGGCCUGCACCAAGUGCGGGAGGUUCUCAUCGACACCAUCCAGCUUCCUGCCAAGUAUCCGAGUCUGUUUGCCAACCUGCCCAUUCGCCAGAGAAUGGGAGUGCUGCUCUACGGGCCCCCCGGAGUGGGGAAAACCCUGCUGGCUGGAGCCAUCGCCCACGAGAGCGGGCUGAACUUCAUCUGCGUCCAGGGGCCAGAGCUGCUCAGCAAGUUCAUCGGAGCAAGUGAGCAAGCCGUUCGGGACGUGUUUUCCAGGGCUCAGGCAGCCAGGCCGUGCCUCCUCUUCUUCGACGAGUUUGAUGCCAUCGCCCCGCGCCGUGGCCACGAUAACACCGGAGUGACCGAUCGCGUUGUCAACCAGCUGCUCACACAGUUGGAUGGCGUGGAAGGCUUGGAAGGGGUCUAUGUGCUGGCAGCGACCAGCCGCCCUGACCUGAUUGACCCCGCUCUGCUGAGACCUGGUCGACUGGACAAGUGCGUGUAUUGCCCCCCUCCCCUGGACCAGGCUUCGCGCUUGGAGAUCCUGCAGGCCCUGAGCGCCUCCCUGCCUCUGGCGGACGACGUGGACUUCCAGCCCCUGGCCGCGGCGACCGAGGCCUUCACCGGCGCUGACCUGAGGGCCCUGCUCCACAACGCCCAGCUGGAGGCCCUGCGGGGCCGACUGGCCUCGCCCCCCACCUCACCCCGGCCCGCCGACCCUCCCGGAAGCUCUGAGCCGUGUUCCGGCCCGGCCGCGGGCACGUUCCAGGACCCCGGGUCUGGCUCGGACAGCGACCUGAGCCUGUCCUCCAUGGUGCUCCUGAGCCACAGCAGCGGCUCGGACGACUCGGACCAGUCCCUGGUCUCCCUGGAGGCGGCCGAGCGGCUCCCCGAGGACACGGCCGCCUUCAGCGUCUACCGCCUUUACUUCGGCAGCUCCUACGAGUCCGAGCUCGGGAGUGGCACGUCUCCCUGCCCGAGUUCCCAGGGAACAUCCGGACCAAGCUCCGGGCCUCACGAUGUGGCUGGCCCGCUGGGCCGAGAGCAGGACGGGGGCCGGGACCUCACACCGGAACAGAGGGACCAGCUUCGGGCGGACAUCAGCGCCAUCAAGGAGAGUUACAGGAGCCCCAGCAGGGAUGAGGUGCCCGUCUGUGGGCCAGCUAAGAGCCCGCUGCUCGUUUGCCAGGCGCACUUGAUGGCAGCGCUGGGCCAGACCCGCCCCUCCCUCAGCACAGAAGACUGGAAGACAUUUACUGAGCUCUAUGACAGCUUCCAGAAUCCAAGGAGGAGAAAAGGUCAAGGUGUGGCGGCAGUAGGGGCAGCUCUCAGGCCAGGCCAGAAGGUGACUUUGGCGUGAGCGGAGCAAACCGGGGGCUGGACAACCGGGAUGGAGGUGGAAGCCAAGCUCCCCAGCUGCUGCCCCCAUCAGCACCAGUCCCAGGACGGGCAGGGCAAAGCAGGGUACCUGUGGGCAGCUUGGGGUGGAGAGCCCAGGGUUGGCCCGGGAGGAGGGGUAGGCCUGGAUCACCCCCCCAGGCUCGCACGUGGACUGCAUUGUUGCCCCUGCGCUGUUCAUUCAGCAACCCAGCAACGCUCUGUGACUGCAGACACGUUAAUGCUGUGAAUAAAGGGCUGCUGGGUUCAAAA